AACCAGUUCUGAGUUAUGCUCUUAAUUACCCUGAGUGUUAUUCAGCUGGGAGACAGGUGAGGACGGAGCCUCUCCCCACAGACCUUCCAGUAUUGGUUGGGGAGGGGAGAGAGCCUAAGGGGGGCGAGCUGGACACCAGGAUAUUAUGGCUACAGUCUGGAGAGUCUUACUGGUCUGGUUCAAUAUCUCACAAGUGCUCAGUCUGAAAUGUGCCCAGUGUAUCGGCAGUAGCUCACAUUGCGGUUUGGUUGCAAGGACGUGUCCAUCUUACGAGACCACAUGCCUCUCCCUGGCCUUCAGUACAUCAGAUGGUAGCAAUACUGUGAUGAAAGGCUGUUCCAGAACCGACAUUUGCAACCAGACCUCAGUCAUUAAUACAGGAAACCAUUCAAUUUAUAUGAGUUCAACAUGCUGUGAGACAAACUACUGCAACCUCAACCGAUACUCCACUAAUUCAGUGUUUUCAAACCGCUUGGUUUGUAACAGAUGUCAGAAUCCCAAUCAGACCUGCACGACCGCGUCCAAUCUGCAGCCAAUGUUCUGUGAUGAAGUCAGUAACAACUGCGUGGAUGUGAUCACUCAGGAUUUCAUUAAUGGAACGGCUCGUCCAUUGUCCUAUACUAAAGGUUGUGGAUCUGCAACCCUUGGCAACAUAGCAUGUACAAAUUUGUUUGCCUACGACACAGGGUCCCGCCAGCGCUACACGUAUAUGUCUUGCUGCAAUGGCAAUAAUCUCUGCAACAGUGCUCCGCUGACGAUUCCCAUACGUAAUAACCACAAUGGAGACACAUGUUAUGGAUGUUAUGACACUGGGAACAACGAGUGCGCUGAUGCCAACUUAGUGCCAGUGAAGUGUAAAGGCAUCCUCAUCCGAUGUAUGGAGGCAUUUGAUCAGAAUCGACGGACUUUGUUUAAAGGCUGCAGUACGGUGGCUUUCUGUUCUUCCACAUACCCAUCACUGCAAGUGCCCAACAUAUCGGAGAUCCAAUGCUGUGCUGGAAGCUACUGCAACAACUUCACCCAGCAAACCAGCACCCCUGCAGUCCCCAUCAGUAGCGCCACGAGUAUAACCAGGGACUUUGGAUUAUUAGUUUUAUUUAUCAGCUUAAUAUAUGCCACAGUAAGACACAUUUCCUAACACUGCCCAGAAAGCACUGCACUACACUUGUACUGAAGACUUCUUAUUUUUAUUUAAGAACGUAGCGGGAAAACUGAACUUGGAACCUCUGGAUCUUCUGCUUUUCCCCACCCUGUGGUCAGAAUUGUGGGACAUCUUGCUGGCUAACUGGAUGUACAGACCAUUUCCCACACUGUACAGUGUUUCUGAGUCUGGUCCUCCCAGGUGUACCGGGAUAAAGAAACCUUGUUUAACAUUCUGAAAUGUGCCGGUUGCCCAAAAUGAUAUACACCGUCACAGAUCUCCUGCAAUUGGUUGUUCAAAACUCAGAAUCAAGCAGAAGCCAGCAACUGUGAAAACCAAUGAGCGCCAACACAUUCCUGUAUCAAAGGUCAAAUUCUGGAUCUAUCUAGAAGCUUCUGGAUAAAUAAUUUGCCAACAUCCGCCAACUCUAACUGCAAGCCCUACAUGACUUUGACUAUAGAAUUCCACCUUUACUACUGUACCGAAGGGACUGAAGCGAUGUUGAAUGUACACCCAUAUGCAUAGUUUAUCUUGAGUGACUUUGUACUGCACAUGCUCAAAAAAUGAGCGCACGCAAAUGUGAGGACGCACGCUUUCAUAUAACCAAGAGUGCCUGAUCUGAGGUGUGAGAAAAGUCCUCUCAUAUAGGCAGAACUAAGUAAUGGCAUGUUCACAAAAAUGAGGCCCAAGCAGCCCAGGCACAUAAAGCAAGUUAGGAGGCGUAUAUUUUGCAUCUAGUACAGGACUAGUGCGUGUAAACGCUGAUGAUGACUUGCAGCAAACCAGGUGCUAUGAUGGGUGGAUCUCGAGAGAAAAGCAAAAAUACACCAUUUAUUUGUCGCGCUGCAUCGGCCCUUCAGAAUCUGAUUUUUGACAUUUAUAAGGUCUAUCCUACAAGUUUUUUUGUAGGAGUAGAUGGAAAGCACACUUCUAAGCAACAACUAAGUGCCGGGGAAAGCAGUAUUUACUGUAUAUAUUUAUCUAGGUGCCCAGACAAUGCACUCUCUAAUGGUUAGGCAAACCUCUGUGGCGACUGGCCACACCCAUAAAAGGGGCCCUUAUCACUGAAUUCCCCCGGUGGGCCCUUCAUGCCCAGUCUGACCCUGUUGUCAAGUUGUGUAGAUAUUCAGAUCCUGCAUUGUGGAAAUGAAUUAAAGGUGUUCUUUACAUAUGAAGAAUCUCUGACCCUAAAUAAAAAUAAAUCUCCUGCUUUAAAUAGAACGCAUUUUCACUCUGAGAUGUUGCUGUGGUUAAGUAAUAGGUUAUGAGGCAUGUUGAUCAAACCCUAACCCUAAUUGCACUUUCACAAGAUUAAAGGUAAUUUUAAGAUUGGGCUAUUUAUUAAGGGGCCAAUUCAGUAAGGAUAGCAAAUUCUGCUAAUCAGCAGAAUUUACUAUCCUUUUGCACGCAUGCUGGGGGCCGCCCAGCAUGCUGACCGGCGCCUCUCCCCCUGCUACAAGCAGAAAUUGCGAUUGCCUCGCCAUUACUGCUUGUCAGCAGAAACUAAGGUUGACUCCUGCCGGCGCAGCUUAGCUGCGGCCACAGGAGUCCCAGUGCCAUCUUACCUGUCGCGGCAGCUGCGUGUGAUGUCACGCAGCCGCCACGACCCCGAUCACGCCGCACAGCCCACUGUUCGGGUUGCCCCGCACCUGCAACGCUCCGUUUCCUCCCUGAAAACGGAGCGUUGCCGCCCCCUCCCUGAUUGACAGGCAAAGGCGACCGCAUUUUCUGUGGCCCCCCGCAGAAAAUGCGGAAGCAUGUAGAGUAGAGCGUGCUGCGCAUGCGCCCGCGGCACCCCCACAAAAGUUUCCACCCGGAUUGCGAUUUGCGAUCCGACCUGAAUUAGCCCCUAAAUCCCUAAGGUCGGAUGAAUCUCUGAAAUCUCCGACUUUCAAAGACUAAACAUCUAUUACCGUUGUACCUAUAUAUCUCUACGGGAAAAGCAAAAUUACCCAAUACAUCCCAGGUAGCUAAUGCCAUAUUCAGAUGGCGUUAGCUACAAUCUCCUAUUCAUGAAGCCCUAGUGAUAAUUAGCUUUACUUUUUGUGACUGUGAAAUCAGGAAAUGACGUCUUUUGCAGAUGCAUCAAGCUAUUAGUAGUAAACUUCUCAAUAGGAAAGUGUUUAGCUGGGACAUCCACUUGUCCUGGCAAGCAAGAAUUGUUAGAUAACUCCCAUAAAUCAGAGUUAUGCAACGCAACAUGAAUUAUUAUAGAUCAGGAAAGAUGGCGGACAAAUUAUAAUUAGGGCUGUAUUAUAUCUGCUUUAUCCAAUACUAAACUAACAAAACUCAUUCCAUGGAUCCAUGGCACUCAUUUGAGGUAAAAGUGUGGUCCCGGUGGUCACCACUUAGCAUAAGUCUUUGAACAUGUAAUCCAUUGAUACUAUUUUGUAGCUGAUAUCUCAAGUGUCAAGAUGCCCAGGUUCCUGGAUCCAGAAUAGGGACUCCAACGACAGAUUCCAUGACCCCACAUUACUGCUCUACGCCUUAUUGGGAAAAUACACCAUAUCUAGAUACUGCUAUACUUUUCUGCAUAUGUUCUGACUGUUACAUGUCCUUGCAUGGGCAGACUCUAUUCUGUAAGUUAUUUGUUCCCUGUAUAUUUGUACUUAUAAUACAUAUUAACCGAUAUGAUAAGCUUAUAUGGUAUUUCAUCCAAUGUCACAACUCAGCCAAAUAAAUCUUUGCUAAAAGAUUGGACAAUCA